UUUUCACAUCAUAACCCUUUUUAUUGUAUUUAUUAUUUAUAUAAAUUAUAUGAACGCUGCCUCCGUCGCAUUUAUUUGACGUCGCGGCUCUGAACAGCUGAUAUCUCGUCAUCUAUAGGCGCCGCAGUGAGUUGACAACACACGAGCAACACGAGUUUCACCUUGUUGUGAACCCAGGCAGAGACUUGGACACGGAGACAGGCAGACUGAGACAACACCGACCUGAGAUGCCGAAAUAUUGUUCGGUCCCGAACUGCAGGAAUGACUCCGGAACCGGCAGCGACAGGAAGAGCUUCUACAAGUUCCCUCUGCAGGACCCGGUCCGUCUGCAGCAGUGGCUGACCAACAUGAGACGUGAGAACUGGACUCCCUCUCGACACCAGUAUAUCUGCCACGAACAUUUUGCACCUUCGUGCUUCAAGGUGCGAUGGGGGAUCCGUUACCUGGAGAGUGAUGCUGUGCCGACAGUCUUUCAGGAGGCCGAGAAACGGAAAACCACAGAUCAGAGUGAGAGGAAGCCAAAGCGGCUUCGAGUCAACACUAAUCGAAGCAUAACGGAGUCGGAUGACGGGCCGCUGGCUGCCGACGCUGUAGAGAUGGCGAGCACCAUGCACACAGUUCACCUGUAUGAGAUCACUGUGGACCAAUCACAGCAGGGCGGAGGCAGCCUGGUGGAGUCCAGCGAUGUUGGAGAAUCUAACUGCUCUCUCCAGACGCUGCCAUCAGUGGAUGGAUUUGAAACAGGAACAAAUUUCCCUUUAACUUUAUUCCAGACGGUUAAUGAUCUGAGUAACAGCGGAGAGGUGGUGGUGAUGUCUGAAUGUCAUGCAGGAGAAGGCCAAGAUGAGCUUCUCAACGGAAUCACUGCUGCCAUUUUAUCUCAGGGCCACGGCCUGGUCGUCAAUGACUCCACAUUUACAGACGAGGCUGUGGCGUCCCUUGCUGUUGAAGAUGAGACUUGUACCACAGACGAGUUCUCAGAUGUCCAAGCAGGCCAGGAAACUCAAGUCAUCGCCUACUUUGAGACGAUACCAAACGUUUUCCCCAGUGAAACGCCCACCCACUUCACCUUCUCCCCAGACACGGUGCUGUCGUCCGCUCUGAGCUCCAAGCCCAUCACAUCUACUCUCCCCAUCGUGUCCAAACAUGCGUCCCCGUCCCCCUCGUCCCUGGUCCUCACUGUGGAAAGACUGGACACAGAGCAGGGAGACGGAGACGACAGCAAGUCGGAGGAGGACAGCAUGGAGCCGCAGGACCACCAGCUGGAGGAGCACUGCUACCAUAAAAACAGCCUGAGUAAGGAGCAGCUGGAGGCGAUCGUGAGCGAGCUGCAGAAGAAGGUGAAGGUGCUGCAGCAGCGACACCGCCGACACCUGGAGAAGCUUCAGGGACUGGAGAACACCGUCAGCCAGCUGAGGCAGAACAACCUGCUGAACGAGGAGCGACUGCAGCUGCUGGAGAGGGCUUACAUACAGACCAGUGCAGCCGUGUCAGAUGGUGGAGAGACUGUGGCCAUCAUCUAUGAAGAGGACGAUGGUGCGUAUUUGUAUACUCCACUAAUAAACGCGGGGGAAAAGCUGUGAGGCUGACUGUCCCAUCUGUGUAUCUGUCUGCUGCCACUGUGCCAAGAGUUGACGUCACUAAUGCUGUUAAAAACAAAGUACUACCUAAUGAUUGUCUCUUAACAAAAUGAGAUGUCUGUAUAAAAUGUGGCAGCGUGUCGUUGAAACUGCUUUGAGCUUUGCACAAAUAUGGAUGAGUAAUAUGGGGACAAUGUUGAAUGUGUUUUUUAAGGUUUUCUCCCUCUGCCCCCCCCCCCCUUCUUCCUACAACCACUUUUCGUUUGACUUAUGAGGCAUUUUUGUUUGUGACAAUGUACAUAUCGAUUAAAAUAGAACUUCCACUAAA